CUCAUCUCCAGCUCCGGGAAUCCCGCGUGAUGGCUACCGUGGUGCCUGCCGCCGUUUCGCUCUCUCCACUGCUGUCCAUUCUCCUGGGCCUGCUGCUCCUUUUUGCUCCGCAUGGCGGCAGCGGCCUGCACACGAAGGGUGCCCUUCCCUUGGACACAGUCACUUUCUACAAGGUUAUUCCUAAAAGCAAGUUCGUCUUGGUGAAGUUCGACACCCAGUACCCCUACGGUGAGAAGCAGGACGAGUUCAAGCGUCUGGCUGAAAACUCAGCCUCCAGCGAUGAUCUCUUGGUGGCAGAGGUGGGGAUCUCAGACUAUGGUGACAAGCUGAACAUGGAGUUGAGUGAAAAGUACAAGCUUGACAAAGACAAGUACCCAGUCUUCUACCUCUUCCGGGAUGGGGACUUUGAGAAUCCUGUUCCAUAUAGUGGGGCAGUUAAGGUUGGAGCCAUCCAGCGCUGGCUAAAGGGGCAGGGAGUCUACUUAGGCAUGCCAGGUUGCCUGCCUGCAUAUGAUGCCCUGGCAGGCGAGUUUAUCAAGGCCUCCAGUAUAGAGGCCCGCCAGGCCAUCUUGAAACAGGGACAAGAGGGCCUCUCUGGUGUGAAGGAGACGGAGAAGAAGUGGGCCAGCCAGUACCUGAAGAUCAUGGGGAAGAUCUUGGACCAAGGUGAAGACUUCCCGGCCUCAGAGAUGACGCGGAUCAGCAAGCUGAUAGAAAACAAGAUGAGUGACAGCAAGAAGGAAGAGCUGCAGAAGAGCUUAAACAUCUUGACUGCCUUCAGGAAGAAGGGGGCUGAGAAGGAGGAGCUGUGACAGGGCACAAGGGAUUUUCAGGGUUUGCUGGGGGCGGGAAGGGGAGAACUGACAUGCUGACCAUGGGACCCCCGUGGGGUGUAAGGGGCAGUGAGCAAAGCAGUACUGAGCCAGAGACCUGAGCCCAUAGUACACCUGGACAUUCAUGCUGCUGAGCCCAUACUUAGGACACCUCUAGAGCCAGUCUGCUCAGUCAAGAUGGCUGGUGAGAUCCCCCUGCAAAGGAAUUGGUGCUACAGAGGGAGGUCCUGCUCAGGUCCUUGAUGAGUAUAAUUCUAAUAAAAGUCUGUUUUGGUUA